AUGAUUCCAAGAGUGCUAAAAAAGGUAAUAGCAGGAGUACUAGGUUUGGUUUACUUACAAAGAGCUAGCUGUAUCUCAACCGAAAAAGAAGCAUUAAACAUAAAGGAGUAUUUUUCUAAAAAGAUAUUGUGCAUGGAAAAAGAGGCAGAAAUUCGUGUUGAUUUUAUGAAUAGGCUAGAGAAUUUUAAGUGCGAAGAAAUAUCAUCUGAUAUUCUUAGUAGAGACAUAGUCGAGGGACGAAUAAAUCUCUCCAAAAUAGAAGAAAAGCUAAAUAUUUUCAAUAUAAGUGCGGAAGGUAUAGUAGCAAGAGCAGAAAACAUUACUAAAAUAUACAGUGAUAGUACUAGCAAGACCUCGAUGUAUUACGAGGACAAAACUGUGCUGCUGCGUAAAACAAAUGACUUAUACAAUAAAAUAUUGAAUGCGCUUCCAUCGACUCUUAGAGAAAGUGACUCACUAAGCGAAGCAAUAAAAGAGUUUGACUCGCACAUGCUGGGGGUAAUAAAAAAGUACAGCGAAGCAAAGAACAAAAAUGAAAAAAUGGAUAAUUUAAAUAUAUUCAAGCUGGCAGAGCAGAAUAAGCCCCUGGCUGCCCGUUUAAUAUAUCUUCUCUUUGAUGUGGGACCAUUAACAAGUCUUUACGAUACAAAAGAUGUAUUAAAUCGCACAUUGAGGAAAAUAGAUCGGUGUCUUUUCCUUGACAACUUCUGGAGUUAUGUCUACCCUAUUAUAGAAAAUAAAUUAAAAGGUAAAGAAAUAGGAACAGAGAUCGACCUUCUAGAAAUACUUGAUAAGAAUCUUUCUUCCUUAUUCAAUACUUCUAGAAUUGAUCCAGCUCGGGAUGCAGAUAUAAUGGGAAUCUAUCUUGACUUAGUAAAUGAGGAUAUUUCAGAAGAAAAAGUGGAGCAAUACAAGAAUAUGACUCCCAAGCAGCUUAUGAAAGUAUUGAUAACAGAAUGUGAAAUCAACAUGGAUGGAGCUUUUAUGGACUACAGAAGAAACAGCUUGCUUUCUAACAUCGGAAAAGUAAUAAUGAACAUAGGAAAUCCAGCUAAGUACAGCACGGAUGUUCACAAAGGUUUAGAAAUAGCGAGAAGUAGACAGAAAGAGCUGCUUAAUUUUUUGCAGAUUUUUUGGAAUGGUGGUAUUAAUACAUUUGUUUCAAAUUUCCCUGAAGAAAAUGUUAAAUUUUUCUGCAGUAACAAUGAUAUCGAGACUUAUUUCUUUAAAAAUACACAGAAUAUGUUUAUGUCUUCCAGAUGGAUGUAUAAUCUGAAUAUACCCAUCCCUCCAUUAGAAGAGUCUACUAACGAUGAGAAAAAAUUCAACAUGAUGUGCUUCGAUAUGUCCUACAUCCACCCCAUGCGUUAUAUAUACAUGCGAUGUGAGUAUGUUAACGAUCUAUGCAAAACAAACAUUAAAAGCGAUAAAAAGCCUUUCUCGGAAAGAGAUUUAGAGAGCAAUCUUCUCAGAUUAUACAAAAUAGGAAAAGAAAAUAGCGACUCAACGCGAGCAGAUCAUAUGAAGAGCUGCAUCAUAGCAUGGUUUAUAAGAACUACCAGUGUGACUUACGGUGAAGAAAAGCAUCAGGAGUAUGAUGAUAUAGCUAAAGAUUUCCAGUGUUAUUUGAAUAAAUUCUAG